CUCAACAUCCCAAAACGCGAACUCGUGGAGAGAAUGGAAUGUCUGCAGCUUCUGCCGCCAAUUCGUUUCCUACAGUUUCCGAAUCUCGACGAUUCAACCCUCAGAAGCCCUAAUUCUCUUUUACAUCGUUUUAGAAAUCUUAAUUUCAGCUCCGGCAGCUUUUCCAAACCCCUUAAAAACCGUAAACUCAAGAUAUUCAAUCACUUCCCAGAACGAAGAGCCCGGUCGCGACGAUUAAAUUGUUAUGAAAUUAAAGACUCUGGUGAGGAGACCAAGGCGGUGGUCGAUAGUGGAGGUGGUGGCAAUGGCGGAGGAGGAGGAGGAGGCGAUGGGGAUGAUGAGCAGGUGGAGAAGAGUGAUGGGGUUUUGCCAGAAUGGUUUAAUUUUACUUUCGAUGAUGCAAAGACGGUGUUUGCGGCGGUAGCGGUGUCGCUUGCUUUUCGAACUUUUGUGGCGGAGCCGAGGUACAUUCCUUCGUUGUCAAUGUAUCCUACGUUUGAUGUUGGAGACAGAAUUGUUGCAGAGAAGGUUACAUACUACUUUAGAAAGCCUUGUGCCAAUGAUAUCGUGAUUUUCAAAAGUCCGCCCGUCCUCCAGGAAGUAGGAUACACUGAUGAUGACGUCUUUAUAAAACGAGUUGUUGCCAAAGAAGGUGAUAUUGUGGAGGUUCAUGAGGGGAAGCUUAUGGUUAAUGGGGUUAUGAGAGGAGAAAAUUUUAUUCUCGAACCACCUUCAUAUGACAUGUCGCGAAUUCAUGUGCCUAAGAAUUCAGUUUUCGUGAUGGGUGACAACCGUAAUAAUAGUUACGAUUCACAUGUAUGGGGUCCCCUUCCUGCAAAGAAUAUAAUAGGGAGAUCAAUAUUUCGGUAUUGGCCCCCAAAUAGGAUCGGAGGCACAGUCAUAGAGACCGGUUGUGCUAUUGACAAGCAAGAGACCAGUCCUGCACCUAAAUAAAUGAUAACCAACUGAUUCCAGCAAUUGAUAUGAAAGUUGUAUCAUUGAGUUUUCUUUGCUUCAUCUCACAUUAUUUCUUGUGGGUUCCUUAAACCAUCGUUAUUUCUUCUCACAUUAUCGAUUCAAUGAUAUUUACAUGAUUCCUUCCUAAA